AUGAGCGAAACAAAAAAAUUUCAAGUUCCUUCUCCUAUGCCAGAGAAGCUUCAUGGGCUACUAGACGGUUUUCGUCUGUCUAAAGCGCUAUUUGCAGCAUGUGAAUUUGGAGUCUUCGACAAACUGUGCUCCGCAUCCUCACCACAAUCGGCCGACGAAAUAACAAAGGCAUUGUCCUCCGAUCUUGACGCCACUACACGUCUCAUGGACACCCUUGUGGCAAUGGAAUUGCUAGAAAAAUUCAAACAGGGUGACCAGUGGUUGUACAGUAAUUCUGAAAUGGCCACUAAAUUUCUCACCAAAGACAGUCCAGAUUCGUAUCUAGAUAUGAUCGCAAUGAGGAACAAAACGACAUAUCGUAUGUUUGGAAAUUUAGAAACCGCAGUUCUUGAAGGAACUACGCAGUGGAAGAAGACGUUUGGAAUUUCUGCAGAAGACUGGUUUCCCAAUAUUUGUAACACCGAAGAAGCCAAAUUACGGUUCAUGGGGGCCAUGCAUUGUAAUUCACUCUAUGGGAGUUAUGCUACUGCUAAAGCCAUUGAUCUAAGCGCGUACAGAAGCUGCUGUGAUCUAGGAGGUAAGUCAAAAAACGGAAGUUCGAAUACAUCACACGAUAUUUUUAAACCUUUGCCUGUCAGCACUGUGAAAACAAUACUGGCUGAAGUUUAUCAGAUUCCACCUCUUCUGAACGAGCAAUAUAAAGAAACUACGAUAAAAAAGAACGCAACUUCGUUUGGUCUCACAGCAGCUAAACUAAAUUAAUAGUCGACUGAAUGCAAUAACAGAGAGAAAUUUUGAGCCAAGAAAAAUGUCUGCAUAAUAUACUAGUCAGUAAUAGUUGACACUACAGUUGCCCCCGUUCUGUAUAUUGUCGGUCAAUAGUAUUCUUGCUGGUUGUGUAGCUCUUUGAAAUAUACCGAUUCAUAAUGAAGAUUUUCACACAUAUUCCAUACAAUAGGUGAGAUAAAUACAGGAAACGCAAGGUUCCAUGCACAGUCUCAGCUCGAUUUACACAGCUUUGAUCAAAACAUUCUCAGUUUCGAGAAUAGUUUAUUCUAAACCAUAAGAAAAGAUUUAUUAGAAGUUAAAUUUUUCGCUAUUUCUCUUUCCCUUUUUACAUUCAGUUCAUUUUAUUUGCCGGAAAGUAAGCCUUAGAAAUUAAAAAGACAGGGAAUAAGUCAGCACAGAAUUUGAUUGUCGGCGAAUUUCAGUAAAUGUCCGUCAAUCUGCUAGUGAUAAGCUAGCCGUUGUUCACUCGUCUUGCUUGUUUGGGGCUGAGUCUUAUUCCGGUCAAAGAGAGAGAAAGAGUGUCUGGCAAGGUUUCCAAUAUAAAUCAAAGAUUUGUGAACUCGUGUCUGGCAAACUCUCCAAGUGUUUAUAUAUCUACACAGUUAAACGCACCUUAUAACCUCCCCUGCGCUUAACAAGUGUCUUUUGGGCCAUAACUUUCAAAACAACUGCUCCACAGAGUGUCACUGCGUAACGGAAAAGAGUAUUGAAGUAUGACUGCACAAUAAAUGUCACAAAAUCUACCUGAGCGGUCCCUUCGAGUUUUCUGUCUUUACGUCAUCCUAACCAUUUCGUACUUGCGGGCGCAAACAAUAGAAACGUCAUCAUUACCUACCGAUUCCUUGCGGCCCCACUUCGAGCAAAUCGAGAUUUUUUCUAGUAUACUGACUGUAUAUUUGAACUGUAAGUACUGUCCUUAAUAUACGCGCGAGUUACUAGGGUGCCUCCUUGGGAUUUCGCCUCUGGGCGAAAUCCCUAAGGGGGCAAUAAUUUGCAUAAUAUAGUCAGACUUUCAUUCCAAACGUAUCUUCUUUUCUUAAACUGCUGUCCCAUUUUAAUUACACUCGCAGCCCUGGCUGGGGAUACUUAGGCCAAUUUAGUAGAGAAAAUUUAUAACACGAAACUCUAUAGUAAAAAACAUUGUUAUAAUCUCCGUUUACUUAUUUAUUCAUUUAUUUAUCUCUUCAAAUUAAAGGACAAGCUUGCGCCCAUGUCGUAUGGAACUGUCCGCAUGCCCAUUUACGCAGAAAACCAGUCGUAGGGGUUUGCAUCAAAUUAUAGGCAAAAUUCAAGACUUCUGUUCAUAUUGCAUUAAGAAAUUGUGUAAAUCGCUCCUAUUUACCAGAAAAAUGGCCGCAACAGCCUGAAAUAGAAAUAAGAUAGAGAUGGAGAAACGCGUUAACUACCGUUUUUAAUAUUCCCGAUGGGGAAAACACGGCUACCUUUUUUGAGGUCACGUGUCUGCCAAGAAUUUUUCGCUGGGUUUACACAAAAAUUCUAUCCAAGCAAGAUUUUCGAAAAAUUAGUUGUAAAUGUGGUAAACAGUAAACGAGCUAUGACUCUGUUUGCUAAAAUGGAAAUUUAAAAUUCCCUAUUUCUCUCUGCUCUAGGGGCUGUGGGCACUCUAGCCUAUGCUCUCUGUUAG